AUGGCCAAUGACAGUACUGCCUCUUUGGACCAAUCCUCCUCAUCCAUGAAUUGUGGAAAUGGCAAUUUUAGCUACUCAAAAAAUUCUACUCUUCAGAGAGUAGGAUCAAUGAAAGCAAACACAAUCAUCGAAGAGGUAAUUGCAGACAGGCUUAUCAUCGAGAAGUUUUCUACUUCUUCAAACACAGUGCGAAUUGCAGAUUUAGGAUGCUCAGUUGGUCCAAACACCUAUUUUGCAAUGCAACAUAUAAUAGGAGCAAUAGAAAAGAAAUGCGAAUCAAAGGGCCUCAGUCCUUCUCAAUUUCCUGAAUUUCAAGUUUUCUUCAACGAUCAAACCACUAAUGACUUCAAUACUUUGUUUACCUGUCUCCCUCCAGAAAAAAAAUACUUCGUUGCAGGUGUUCCAGGUUCUUUCCAUGGCCAAUUAUUCCCCAGCUCCUCUAUGAACAUCGUCUAUUCCUCUUUUUCUUUCCACUGGCUUUCUCAGGUGCCAAAAGAGGUGCAGAUGAAAGACUCUCCAUCAUGGAAUAAGGGAAGAAUCUUUUACGCCAGUGCCUCUGAUGAAGUAGCUCAAGCUUAUGCAGCACAAUUUGCCAGGGACUUUGACUCCAUCUUGAUUGCUAGAGGAAAAGAGAUCAUCAGUGGUGGAAUAAUGUUUACUUUCAUGUUAGCUCUCCAGGAUGGUUGUCACCCCUCCAAACACAUACUUAGUUUCUUUUUAGAUGCUGCUGGAUCUAUUCUCAUGGAUAUGGCACAUGAGGGUUUGAUCGCGGCGGCCCAAGUGGAUUCCUUUAAUAUGCCUCUGUAUCUUGGAACACCAAAGGAGAUAACAGGGCUCAUAGAAAGGAAUGGAUGGUUUAGCAUUGAGAGAUUGAAGUUUUUGGAUCACAAACCAGGAGUGGAUGAACCAAUUGAGCCAAGCAAGCAUACUGCACACUUAAGAGCAGUUAUCCAGGAUUUUAUCGGAGCACAUUUUGGGGCUGAGAUAAUAGAUGAACUGUUUGAUAGGUUGCAUACGAAUAUUGCAGCUCACAGAGAUCUUCAUUUAAGUUUGAGUAAGGCAGGAGUUUUGUUGUUUGUUGCUUUGAGGCGCAAAUGA